AUGGCAGGUGAGCUUGUUAGGGUGAUGCAGUGGGAGGGAGAAUGUUUCGGGAGGCUAUGGACUGCCAUUGAUGUAAUCAUGCACGUCAUUGUUCUUCUGGCUAUGCAUGGCCUCGCUCUUCUAGCGCCGUUUCAUUUCAGCUGGUCUGCAUUUUGGACGGCCAUGGUGAUCUUCUAUGUCACCGGUCUCGGCGUAACUGUCUCUUACCAUAGGAACCACCGGAGUUUUAAGCUUCCAAAAUGGCUCGAGUACUCUCUUGCUUAUUGCGCCGUUCUUUCACUUCAGGGGAGUCCGAUUGAUUGGGUGAGCACACACAGAACCCACCAUAGGUUUGCAGACACAUCGAGUGACCCUCAUACACCAUUGAAGGGGUUUUGGUAUAGUCAUGUUGGUUGGAUCAUUGCUUAUCAUUCUCGCUUUGCCACUGAUGAAGCAAAGUUACUGAAGAACGUUGAAGAUUUAAAGAAGUGGUACUAUAGGUUUCUGCAUUAUACGUACCACUUUCAUGCAGUUCUCUUUGGAGUUGUAUUGUAUGCAGCAGGAGGACUACCCUUUCUAGUAUGGGGACUGGGUGUCAGGAUGGUAGUUACCCACCACAUAACGUUUUAGAUAAAUUCGAUUUGCCAUAUUUGGGGAAAGCAAGUUUGGGAAACCCAUGAUUAGUUGAAAAACAAUUGGUUUUUUGGAGUGCUAGCACUUGGUGAAGGAUGGCAUAAUAACCACCAUGCGUUUGAGUACUCAGCUCGACAAGGUCUGGAGUGGUGGCAUGAUGUUGCAUGGUAUUUCAUUAGGUUUCUGGAAGCUAUUGGUUUGGCGACGGAUGUUAAGCUCCCCAGUGAAUCUCAAAUGAAACAAAAAAAUUUAUGCAACAAACUGAAAUGA